AUGACGGCAUCAGAAGAGAGCAGCUCUGAAUUGAGCCCGGCUCAGCUGAACGCCCUCUUCGACAUCUUGACUCACCAUCAGACAUAUCAGGAGAUACAGAGCUUCAAACAACCGGAGACAAUUUACUCAUAUGGAUUCCCUUUUGCGCAGAGGCUGGCCAGCAAUGAGGACGGAAGUGAUGUCGCAGGCGACCAGACAAAAUGUCCCAUCUAUGCCGACAAGUCGGACACUCCCACACUGCAAAUGAUGCUGACUAAAACUGUUCUUUCUCUGCCGCCGGCAAAGGCGCUGCCGGACGAUUUCUGGCAUGUACGCAUCCAGGAACUCAUGGCCUUGCUGGGAAAAGCGGAGCUUUCUGAAAGCUACGACCAGGGCGCAAUGGGCACGCGCAAGAUCCUGGCAACGGCCUCGUCGUCUCUGCUCGAGUCAGUCAGUCGUGGUAUGUUAGGCGGAUAUCCGAGCGGGGGAGGCGACUCGUCAGCUGCACAUACCAUUGUGCCGGAUCGGACCUACGACACGACGAACGCUGUGGAGUUUUCCCAGGCCUGGGAUGAUGUUGUGCGUGCCAUGAUUUACGGCACCCUCCUAGACGAUCUAUUUCUGUUCUGCGCUGAGCAUGAAGACAUUGAGCAGCACUCAUCUGCCGUUCGCACGGCUGUGGACUACAUCAUCAUUCAACUUGCUGAGUUCUUGCAUUAUGUCUUUGUGCUCUCACCAAAUGGCCGGUACUUGGUGAAGCUAGCGGAGAAUACGCAGAGGAUGGUUCCAUAUGCCCUCAUACGGCAGACUCUGCGUGUUGGUAACGCAGCUACCAUGAUCAAUGCUAUGAUGAAGCUGCUUUUAGCUAAGAUAAGCGUGGGAGGCCUUACGAACUGGAUGGGCUUGACAUCAUCCGCUGGCGAGGGAAUGAAUCUGCUACAACGUAUAAUCGCCAUGGUGUUGUCAUAUGACUCGUCAGACUUUAGGAAGGCAGCAGAAAAGAUCGAAAGGGACAAGGAUGGUCCUGGCGCGGCACACCUAGAAGCUAUCAGGGAGCACCUCGCAAGGCCGCAGCAGUACCAUGAGGCAAUUCGAAACAAGAGCGUGGAACAGAGCCAGUCGAUUGUCAUUGCGAUACUGGAGUCCGUUGAUCCGUCCCUGGUCGGCUCUAUCAACGACAAGCAACAUGCCCAAUGUGCCCAAUACUACGCAUCGUUGCUUUCCAUUCGAGACCGCAACCAAAUCACCGAGGUUUUUUGUCACCAGAGCCCAGACCUGUUCACUCAGGUUCUGCGGGACGGCAUUUCAGCUUGCGAUCCCAUUCUGCGACGGAUUCAUGACAAAAUCGACCUCAAGGAACACCUCGGGGAUCUUGAGGGAUUUUUGGACGAGUUGAUUGAAGUUUGCAAGGGCCAGAAGAAGGCAGUCACGCCCUUUAGAUUUGCCAGUGACACCGUCGGAAACGGGGCCUCACUUCCGACGGUGAAAGACUACACCGAUCUUCUGAGGCGGAACCGCCACCUUCUCUACAAAUGGCUUCAUCGAGUCGCCAAGGACACGCCUGACAUACGGGAAACAUUUCGGGACUGGGCUGUCAGCGCAGUGACAGUAUUUCGAAACCCCAACGUGACAGUCAACGCCAGCAGGCAGGAAACAAGUGAGCAGCACAAGAACAAGCCGGAGUCAAGCCGAAGGCCGUGGCCGGAUGGCGGUUCGGGUGCCAUGAAUGGCAGUCUGCAGGGCCUCUUCUCGGCUUUACCGGCCGAGACACAGGCAUCAAUCGCGCCUCUGAUCGACGCUCAUGCGGCCUACAUCGACGCACUGGACGAAAUCGCAAUCAAGCGAAGGCAGCGCCUGAUUGAUAUGAUCAACGGUAACGGGAGCAACGAAGACAAGAAUUCCAUUGAAGGAGACGGAAAGGCAGCCAGCCCAAGCCGGUUUCUCGCACGUUGGCAGGCCCUCCUGGACGAUACGCUCAUUGGCCCGGCGACACCUACGGGCCCGGUUCGCCGUGGACGAGACGUUGCCAACAUCACGGCACCAGCCAUCACCGGCUCGACCUGGGUUGGCAAGGGCGGAAACAGCCAAGGUCUGGAGUCUGAAGCGACCAGACGUGAAGCUGGUGUUCGAGACUUUGGGGCCGCAGUUUAA